CAAACACCCGACGAAAGCAUUCAUGGGAUCAGUCAGGUUUAAUCCAGAGCUUGUUGCAGUUGUCAUGAUGGAUGGUGACAGCAAACCAGUCUGCGAGCUGAGGUUCAAUGCUGCUGUCAAAGUGAUACAAAGUUUACCUUCAAACGGUUCAUUUCAACCUUCCCAUGACAUGAUGCUGAAAUUUUAUAGCUACUACAAGCAAGCAACUCAAGGCCCCUGCAACAUUCCCCGGCCAGGAUUCUGGGACCCAGUUGGCAAAGCCAAAUGGGAUGCAUGGAGUUCUCUUGGUGAAAUGGCAAAGGAAGAGGCCAUGACAGCCUACGUGGAUGAUUUGAAACUGAUACUAGAAAGUAUGCCUGUGACGAAUGAGGUGGAGGAGCUACUGCAGGUUAUGGGCCCAUUUUAUGAGCUCGUGGAGGAGAAGAAGAAGAUAACGCAAGUGUCAGAUUUGAGCACAGGCUUUGGGAGCAUGCUAACAUCACCACCCAAAAGUGUCACUAAAAGCAUCAUCAGGACAAUGGAGAUGAACGGCAGUCUGGACAGUCACCCUGUAAAAACAUCAGAGCUUCCAAAUACUAAAUCAAUAGAGCUGGAAGACAGAGAAGAUGAUGAGGAGAGAGAUGAAGACCAGGAAGUUAAAGAGCAGAAAAAAGCCCCACAACCUAAGAAAAAUAGUGAAGCAGGGAGGCCGAAAGGACGGGUAUCUAAUGGCAGUAUCGGGCAACAUAAAGUCUUGACCAAUGGAACACAUUGUGCUAAGUCUGAUCAGAAUGGGCAAGAGUGUGAAGAAGAAACUGAAAGCAUUAACCAUGAUGGAGAAAUCGUAGAGGUCAUUGGACAUGUCAAAGAAGAUGUGUCCAGUUCCCAUCAUGUAGCCAGUGACUCGGACAGUGAGGUGUACUGUGACUCUGUGGACCAGUUAGGUGCAGAAGAGGGCUCUGAGAUGCACAUAAACUACUCACAGGACAUAGCUGAGGAGAGCUACAGCACACUGUCCUCCACAGAGGAGGUGGUAUCACAGGAUCAGCUGGAAAGGGAGGAGGGUGUACAGCAUGGAGGAGAAGAUGGCAGAAGUAGCAGAGGAGGGUCACAGAGACAGAACAUUACUGUGAACAAAAGUGACAGUUCUGUGGUCAGAAGGCGAAGAGGGUCCAGGUCACCUGCCUUUGGCUCUGGGUCGGUGAGACCACAGCAGGGCAGUGGGGGGGAUGGGGAACGAUGGGGAAAUGAUGGAGCUACAAUGGAAAAUCUCAAUGAACAGAUCAUCUGCGCUCUGGCCAGACUGCAGGACGAUAUGCAGAGUGUGUUAGAGAGACUACACACGCUAGAAGCUCUUACAGCCUCUCAGGCCAGAUCCUUAGCCCUGCCAUCUGACUACCUAUCACCGCCUGCAAACAAAACUAAGAAGCUUAUUUUGCAGAGACAACUAUAAGUAAGCCAUCCAUAGGUUAAUUUUCUUCAGAACUGUAAAUUCUGUGGCACUGUGAAAAUGUCUCUGUUUGUUUUGAGCGAACCAUCUCUAGAGAGACAAUAACCUUGAUUUGAUCAAUGGGGUGAGUUGGGGAUGGGACUAUCUGUUUGUUUUAUCAGCUACUUCCACAUGAAUCUGGAUUCAUUUGAAAAUGGUGUUUUUUUUUUUGUUUUUUUUUUAAACGCUCUCCAUCCACACUGCUGUAUUCAAGCAGUUUCCAAAAGUUGCUCAUCCACACUGAAACGUAUGAAUACUUUUAAAUCCCCUCACUGCGCAUGCGAAAAAUCACUGUUCCACGUACGGUCUGAAACACAAUCGUCCUCGUGUUCCGCCGCCAGAUAGCAAUUCCGAGUAGACUUCCCGUCGCCUUUGAAGGAAUGCAAUGUGAAGGUUGUACAAAGUAACAUUUAUCUUUAACAACACUAUCAAAGUGAGUAUCGGGUACAACAACACCGCUACAACUCGGGCCGCCAUCUUGAUUGUUUUAGGUUAAAUGGAUCACGUGUCUGCCUCACAUGACAACAAAUAUUUCAUUGUUUUCAGAUAUCUCUGUUUCCCCUGUCCACAUAUUGCGAAGACACCGUUUUCAAAUUUAACCACUUGGGAGAGUGUUUUCGAAAAGCUCAGUUUUUGCUGUAAAAAAACGCAGUCUCAGUGUGGACGGAAGGCCAAAACGUAGAGAAAAAGAUGCAUUUUCAAACAAAUAAGUAUUAUUGUGGAUGUGGCCUCAGAAAGCUUUUUUCCUGCAAUUCUGUUUGGUGGCGCUAGUGGCACAUAAAUUACAUCAGCUUUAGUCCCGCUUUAUGCACCAAAUCUUUGAAAUAUUUUUUUUCUGGUUAUUAUUUUGGUUGAACAAUAAACUGAAUUUGGCAUUUUAUUAAUUUUGGACUCUUGUAACCUUUGUGUCUGUGGCCAUCAGAGCAAGGAAAGACUUAAGAUAAUUUUUAACAUUCCAUUAAUCAAUUUUAAAAACUAUCGACCACCACCUUAGUAACUGGUAUCGCAAAUUCCACUAUCAGUCAACCUCUAGUGUGAACUGCAUUCAUCUUUAUUCAUUCAACCCUGUUAUUGCAAGAAAAUUGAUCUAACAAAUAGUUUUAUUUACUUUAAUAGUAAUUAUAAGUUUAUCAAUAACUAAAGACUAACCGUUGGUGCUCAAACUAGUUAGCCUUUACUAAGUGACAGCUUAAUUUAGGCUAAAUCUGCAACCGUGUUACUUGUAACCCUGUUAAGCCCCAUUCUCACUGCCAGCGACAAUGUCACUGGAUGUCAGUAGUCUCUGUAAUGUAAGAAGCUACAACAGUGCACAUUGCAUCAUAUUAUUAACAAGAUGAACAAUCUAUCAAUGCAUCUCAGCAUGCCGACAGUUUCUGACAUGGUUUUCCAUGCAUCAUUGUGUUAUUAUAUCCAUGCAUGUGCUUACAGAGAAAUGAUACUGAACUGUGAAAUCCUUCAACUUUAUAACUUUUCCUCUGUUUUCCUGCACUCCACACUACCAGUAUGUCACAAGAGACUGAUGACGUAAGCUCCACUGCCUUCUGUCCCAUGGGAAGUCACGCCGGAAUAUCUUUUGCGUAAAUUUAAACUCUUCUCAACUUUGUCGUGUUGCUUGCCUUGCCCACAUGUCGCCAAUGAUCACGAUCGCUCUUUGCCGGAAUUUGCUCUGCUCUCUUUGAAAAUGAAUGAGAUAGUGUCUCUUUGUCACUGGUGGUGUGAACGGGGCUUUACCCAAAGUGUUUGUGAUUAUUGCUAGAAAAUAACAAAAUCAUACAUAUCAGGGUUUAAACUGUAUAUAAAUUUACAUUUUGGUCACAGGGCUGCAAAAAUUUCGAACCUCAUAAAAUAAAUGUGACAGAACAGCUCAUAAUAUUUAGUUUGAUCUCCUGAGAUGGACAAACAACAUUUUCUGAAGGUUAUCCAUCUUUUUUUCACUAAACAUUUGUUUAAAAAAAAAAAUUGAGGUGAUUUAUUUUUAUUAUUUUUUUAAAUAGUCCUAGUUUUUUCACUAUUUGUGUAGAGGGACAGUUACUGAUUCUGUUAUGGAGACGUCCACUGUGCCAGAUUUGUUUACUUAAUUUUUAUGCAACUAUUCCAUGUACAAUUUCUUUUGUUACAUAUAUGAAUUAUAUAUCUUUAUUUGAACUUUUAAGAAGCCGUCCUGGUGGCCUUUUGAUGUUUCUCCUGGAACUGUGGCCUUGGCUGUUAUCUGGCCAUUUGUGGUGCAGUGGCUCAUUCGACUUUAUCUGCAACACAGGAGAAG